GAAAAUUCAGUCUUCUCUCUUUUUUUUUUUUUUUUUUUUUUGUAAUUUCAAUCAUGCGCUCCACAGUUGCGAUCGCGCUGCUCGUUCUGCUCGGCGUUCAUCUCUCCAACGCCACCUCCUACUUUACUGAGGAGUUCAGCGAUGCUGGCUGGGAAGGCCGCUGGGUCCUGUCCAAGGCCAAGGGUGCCGAACAAGGCGCCUGGAAGUGGACUGCUGGCAAGUUCUUCAACGACGAGGAGGUCCAGAAGGGCAUCCAAACCGCCCAGGACGCUCGCUUCUACGGCAUCUCGGCCAAGCUCGACACCCCCGCCUCCAACGCGGAAAAGCCCGUCAUCAUCCAAUUCCAGGUCAAGCACGAGCAAAAGAUCGACUGCGGCGGUGGCUACGUGAAGGUUUUCGGCUCUGAUCUCUCGCAGACGGAGAUGGUUGGCGACACGCCUUACCACAUCAUGUUCGGCCCCGACAUUUGCGGCUCGUCCACCAAGCGCGUCCACGUCAUUUUCAACUACAAGGGCGUCAACCACCUGAUCAAGAAGACCAUCCCCUGCAAGGACGACGAGCUCAGCCACGUCUACACUCUUGUGCUCAACCCCGACCAGACCUACGAGGUCCUCAUCGAUCUUGAGAAGGUCGAGUCUGGCUCGCUUGAGGCCGACUGGGACAUGGUUCCCCCCAAGACCAUCCUCGACCCCGAGGCCAAGAAGCCCUCCGACUGGGACGAUCGCCGCAAGAUUGACGACGAGACCGACUCGAAGCCCGCCGACUGGGACAAGCCCGAGUUCAUUCCCGACGCUGACGCUCGCAAGCCCGAGGACUGGGACGACGAGGUCGACGGUGAGUGGGAGCCCGCCCAAAUCCCCAACCCCCAGUACAAGGGUGAGUGGAAGGCCCGCCAGAUUGACAACCCCAAGUACAAGGGCGAGUGGGAGCACCCCAAGAUUGACAACCCCGCCUACAGCAAGGACGAGUCGCUCGGUGUCUACACCGACCUCGGCGCUGUCGGUUUCGACCUCUGGCAAGUCAAGGCUGGCUCCAUCUUCGACAACGUCUAUGUUGGUGACUCGCUCGCUGAGGCCAAGGCCUUCGCCGAGAAGACCUGGAAGGUCAACAAGGACGGUGAGCUGAAGGCCAAGGAGGCCAUCGAGAAGAAGGAGCGCGAGGAGCGCGAAGCUGCUGAGGCCAAGCGAAAGGCUGAGGAGGCUGCCGCCGACGAGGAGGAGGACGACGACGAGAAGGACGAGCUUUAAAACAGCAAGUCGCUCUGGUUUUUUGUUUUUCUUCGUAUUUCUUUUUUUUUUUGUUUCGAUCUCUGUGUUCCAGUACCACUUUUUUUCGUCCGAUUUUGUCCCCAAGCAAAAUACAGUACACUUAUUCUUGAUCAACAA